AUGGCGAGGACCGCCGACGUCGAGCGCCGCGACGAGAAGGAGACCAACGAGCCCGGGGCCGGCGACGACGAGGACACCGAGGCCCAGGUUGCCCCCAUCGUCAAGCUCGAGGAGGUCGUCGUACCUGUUAGUUUNGAGCGUCUCUGCCACCACCGUAGCCAUGGUGAGCACCGCCGACGUCGAGCGCCGCGACGAGGAGGAGACCAACGAGCCCGGGGCCGGCGACGACGAGGACACCGGGGCCCAGGUUGCCCCCAUCGUCAAGCUCGAGAAGUUGUUUCGACGACAAAGAUGCGGGAGCAUGGUGGGAACGACAAAUCGUGCGUUUGGCACGCAACGGACUUCGUCGACGGGGAAUUGAAGGAGGAGAUGUUUGCUAUCCGAUUCAGGUCUGUUGAGAGAAAACUCAAUUUGGAUGCAGAGAGCGAUGGUCCUGUGGACACUCUCCGGCAAAGCGAGACGCGGCGCUUGCGACUAAGGCAGUGGGGAAGCGGCGGUCAGCGACUGGGUGCUGAUCGAGAUCGCAUGUGCAAGGAGUUCUGCCGAAUUGUUUGCAGCGAGGCAAGCGUAAAUUUUACUGCCUGCCACGAAGCGCGGGUCCUUAACUAGUUGGGAGUGAUAGUGCUUCCAGAAGCACUCUACUUCCGCCUAUUUAAAUGUAUAUAUAGUGAGGACAAGUGAGCAAACAAGCAGAUAGAUACGGACACGUCCAUUUUAUUUUAUAACACCGUACAUGGGGUAAUAAACUAAAGUACAACAUUUUGAUCUUCAAAAGUUUCAGUAAUAUUUUUGCUGAGAACUAAUUCGGAACAACUUAUUCAAGCAAAAAAAA